AUGUUUUUCAACAAUAUUGGAGCAAUUGCUCUACUCCAGCUUCUCUCAGCCGGCCUAUCGCUCGCCCACCCUACUAGCUCUUCCAUAUUCCCCCGAGCAUUUAGCGGUCCAACUGUAAUAAACGACUGUACUGUGCCGGGUACCAUUGCUCUCACCUUCGAUGAUGGUCCUGACAAGUAUACCUCCGACAUUCUGGAUAUCCUGGAUAGUUAUGGCGUAAAGGUCACCUUCUUCAUCACAGGAAACAAUAACGGCAAAGGCGCCAUCGAUGCCACCCAACAGUGGACCGAUAUAAUCAAGAGACAGUAUGCAAGUGGCCACCAGAUUGCCAGUCACACAUGGGAUCAUCUGGAUCUAUCGACAUUGGCAGAAGAUGAUAGGAGAAGACAGAUGACGAGAAAUGAGGAAGCCUUUCGAAAUAUCAUAGGCGUAGUCCCAUCUUACAUGAGGCCUCCAUACUCUUCGUGUGGCAGCGCCUGUGUGGCUACCAUGCAAGACAUGGGCUACCACAUCGUGUACUUUGACCUUGACACGGAUGACUACAACAACGACUCGCCAUCCCUGAUAGCCAACUCACAAAACAGGUAUAAGUCGGCUCUAGAUGGCGGCAACUCAGCAUCAUCAUCAUACCUAGCCAUUGGCCAUGAUAUCCACGAGCAAACCGUCCACACUCUUACGAAGUAUAUGCUUGACUAUGGCACGUCGAAAGGGUACAGAUUUGUUACCCUUGGAGACUGUUUGGGAGAUCCUCAGGCCAAUUGGUACAAAUAG